AUGCAGAUUCUUUUCGGUGUUAUUCUUAUUGUUGCACUGGAAAAUGUUCUCCGAACGAGCGCUUUGGAUGAUCAACAAACGCAAUCGAUUAUUGAAUUGUACAAGAAAAUCAGCGAGAAAGACUCUCUGGUUGAUGGAUUAUCACUGAAUGAUAAUGCUCAAUUGAAAUUAAAAACAAUCAAUACAAUACGAUUGGUACCAUUGAUAUCUUUGCCAACAAAUCGAUCCAUUUUACUAUUUAACGUUAGUCUAAAUAAAUUACAAAUGAACGAAGAAGUGAAAUUAAUCGAAUUUCGUUUGAAAUUAACAAUGCGCAUGAAACAAAGAAGAUUACGAUUAAUUAUUCGAAAUUCGCUUCACCAAAGAAGACGAAUUCGUCCUUUGAUAAUCUCCAGCGCAGAUAGCGAAUAUCUCUCCUACGAUAUUACAGAUUAUUUGAUUCACCAUUCUACACAACAAAGUAUUAUUAUUCGACGACAAUUCUGGCUACGAAGACACCUUCAAGAAGCAUCACUAGUGAUCUAUUCUCGUGCACCAAGUGCAUUUCUUCUUCCAUCACCAACUCGACGAAUGAAACGAUCUGUUAAACAACAGCAAAUCACCGGUCCUUGUUCAAGACAUGAUCUCUUUGUUGAUUUUAAUCAAUUAUCUUUUGGUGCAUGGGUUGUCCAACCCAAACGAUUCAAUGCCGGUGUUUGCCGUGGUGAUUGUCCGAAUCCGUUAUCACGAUCGUAUUAUCCGACAAAUCAUGCUAUGUUAUUAAGUCUUUUGCAUGAGAGAGGUAAUGCUAUCCAGCAACCUUCAUGCGUACCUGUUCGCCUUCGACCACUUGAUCUACUCUAUUAUGACCGACGAGAUCUUGUUAUUAAACGACAUCGAGGAAUGCAAGUCGAAGAAUGUGGCUGCAGAUAA